GCCGUCCCUGCGGCCCGCCGCGCACGGGCAGGGCGGCGGCGCCGCGCCCGCCGGGGGCGCCGGGCCCGCCGCGGCCCGCGAGGGCGCGCCCGCGGCGGCCAUCCCCCGCGCGGCCUCCGCAGGCGCCCGCCGCCCCCGGCGCGCCGCUCCCGCUGGCCUCGCGCGGUGCGCCAGCGCCGCGGGCAGGAAGCCACUGGUAGCGGCGCCACCCUGGUCGCCCGUCAGCACCUCGCCCGGCUCCUUCGAGGCCGCCAGAGGUACUGGCGCCGGCGAGGACGCGGAGGCGGCGCGACUGAAGCGCGAGGCGCAGCAGGCGCAGGUAGCGAAAGCGGCGUCUGAGGCGAUCUGCAGCAAAAGGAGACCCGCGAGCCACAGGGUGUCGUCCGCGCAGGUGCGCCCCAAGAGGUCCUCGGAGGCGCAGGACCUAGGCUCUCGGCCUGGGGUGGACAUAUUCACAGCGUGGAGGGACGGCAACACGCCCUACGACAAGAAGACUGCCAUCAAGAAGAAGCUGCAGACCGAGCAAGGGUUCGAGGACCUCAAAUCCGAUAUGAAGUUGGAGAGCCUCCGCUUCAAGGUGAAGUGCCGGGAUGUCAAAGGCAGCUGGGCCAGCGUGGAGAGCCCGCGCGCGGCGCUUGACAAGCUGCCCGCGAGGCCCAGGACCUCUCCGGAGAAGCAUGCGGGUGCCGAGGCGACCCUGCUCUCCCCGGGCGCGUGGGGGAAGCCGAAGCCCGCCGCGGCGGUCCUGCAGGGCCUUGCCAGGCAGCUGGAGCGGUCGUGCCGCCAGGUGCGCGGCGACAUGAUGGGGAAGCCGACGUCCCGGGCGACCCGGCUGACCCGGGCGGACUGCAGGUCCCUGCUGCGCACCGACGACGGCGACGCCACGAGCGAGGCCGACGCGCCGGAGCAGCGGCUCGGGGGCGACGAGGGCGCGAGCGGUACGCCGGUGGACCCCAUCGCCAGCCAGGGGUUGUCCGAGAACGCCAUCGCUUCCUUCAAGGAGAGGUGGUCGAUCGCCCAGAGGCGGUACGCCGUCUCCGGAGAGAACCUCUACUGGCAGUCUCUGAAGACCAUCCCGGUGGCGGCGCGAUGA